GACAUUGUCGAGUUAACCGACCGAUGAGUUAACCGAUAAUGCCACACAUGGUAGGAUGUGAUGUGAUGUCACACAUUGUAUAAUGUGACAUGAUGAAACGUGAUGUCACACAUGGCAUGAUGUGAAGUCAGUCUCACACCUAAUUUAUACGUCAAUAACCCAGUACCAUGUUUUCUUGCAGCUACGACUUUGUUGAGUUAGCCGACAGCUUAGGACAGGGAGUAACAGACCGGCUCAGUGGUUCUAAGGCGCGAUUUAAUGUCACUGUUGAAGGCAGAACAACUCAGUUAUUGUACAUCAAAUUCACUUCAGAUUCUUCUGUGACAGAGCGAGGUUUCCUGGCUGAAUACAACAUUACGAUUAAUGCACUGCCUGUGACACGCGAGGUGACACAACCACCCGUUACCACCCAGCCACCCCUCACUGAAUGUGGCGGAAUGUUGAACGGGUCUUCAGGAUCAUUCUCCACUCCUGGAUAUCCUUCACAGUCUUACUCUGUCGAUCUGACUUGCGUAUGGACUUUGAAUAUUCCCACUGAUGGCUUUGUUACAAUUGCAUUUCUGGCGUUCGAGACAGAGCAAAGCUACGACACUGUUGAGUUAACCGACAGCUUAGGACAUGAAAUAACAGACCGGCUCAGUGGUUCUAAGGCAAGAUUUAAUGUCACUGUUGAAGGAAAAAAAACUCAGCUGUUGUACAUCACAUUUACGUCAGACUCUUCUAUCACAAAGCGAGGUUUUCUGGCUCAAUUCGGGAUUUCGUUGAGUGAGUAUCCUUGUUUUAAAGUUCCACGAGGACCAAAGUACAAACACAGGGAACCCAGACAAACUGUUUGUGUGCUGUGCACAUUUACAUUUUUAUAGCAAAUGUAUGGGAUUUACAGAACACUUUGUAAAAUUGCAUCGCCUUUCGCCGUAACUGCCUGAGGGUCCCUGGGUUGUGUUGCGCUAUUGACAUCACUGCCUAUGCUAGUGAGUAUUGGUUUUGCCUUUGCCACCCUAUCCACGGGAAGGAAUUUUUAACGGCCAUUGUUUCACUGUAUCCAAUCAGACAGAGGCCAGGGAAUAGCGAUUUCGCUCCGGCACAACGUUUUGUCGCUACGCAUUCUGACGGUUUGGAAAUUUUCGGUCCUGGGUUUUGUUUGAAGGCUAGUAGUGUGCCGUUUGGAUGAAUUUUCGAUUGAAUGAUAUAGGAACAUUCACGGAACUUUCCUCUUUCCGCUGUUUAGUUUGGAAGCAGAGCGAUAGGAUUUCAUGCCGAAAAUCACCUCGGCCAGGAGAUGUUCCAGUUUUGAGCCUUUGGACUUUCCACCGU